CUGGCACGCCUCUCCAUUACCUCUUAUAUAAUGUGGGGUUUCACAGGGCACUGAUGUAGAAAUAAAGUCAUUCUUGUGGCAGAGUCAUAUUACUUGUUGUAUUGCUGGUGCUCACUUCACUGUGGGGUGUAGGGCUGCUCUCAGAAGGGUGAUCUUGUGGCCCUAUUUGAGUGAAUUUUGAAAGGUGUGCAGGAUGGCUCCAAACGAGGCAGGGGAUGAACUUGUUUUCUUUGUGAAUGGUAAAAAGGUGGUAGAAAAAGAUGUGGACCCAGAAACAACUCUGCUAACCUAUCUACGAAGAAAAUUGGGCAUGUGUGGAACCAAACUAGGCUGUGGAGAAGGUGGAUGUGGUGCUUGCACUGUUAUGAUAUCCAAGUAUGAUCCCUUUCGGAAGAAAAUCCUCCACUUUACUGCCAAUGCUUGCCUCUUCCCUGUUUGUGCCCUGCAUCAUGUAGCUGUAACUACUGUUGAAGGCAUAGGAAACACAAAAUCCAGGCUGCACCCAGCCCAGGAGAGAAUAGCAAAAAGUCAUGGGUCUCAGUGUGGCUUUUGCACUCCAGGCAUUGUCAUGUCCAUGUAUACAUUGCUUCGGAACAACCCUGAGCCCAAAAUGGAGGACAUAGAAGAUGCUUUCCAAGGAAACUUGUGUCGGUGUACAGGCUACAGACCCAUUCUGGAAGGAUACAAGACAUUUGCUAAAGACGUGAAUUGUUGCGGCAGAAUUGCCAAUGGCACUACCUGCUGUGGCAGUGGGAAGGGAAAUAGCAUGAAUGGGGGCUGCUGCGGAGGAAAAGCCAAUGGUCCAGGCUGUUGCAUGAAUGGAAAAGAAGCCAAAACAACGAUGUCCUCCAGCCUGUUCAAUUCUUCUGAGUUCCAGCCACUGGACCCCACACAGGAGCCAAUCUUCCCACCAGAGUUAAUGACUCAGAGUAACAAACAGCAGAAGCAGCUGUGUUUCAAAGGCGAGCGUGUGAUGUGGAUCCAGCCUACAACUCUCGAGGAAUUUGUGGCUCUCAAAUCCCAGUACCCCAAUGCCAAAAUUGUUGUGGGGAACACAGAAGUGGGUAUCGAGAUGAGGUUAAAGAACAUGUUGUAUCCAGUGAUAAUAGCACCAACAUGGAUCCCUGAAAUGAAUGCUGUUCAGCACACUGAAACAGGGAUCACCUUCGGUGCUGCCUGUACCCUGAGCUCAGUGGAGGAGGUGAUGAGAAAAGUGGUGGCAGAUCUUCCUCCUUACAAAACAGAGGUCUUCCAGGCUGUCCUGGAACAGCUGCGGUGGUUUGCAGGGCCACAGAUCAGGAAUGUUGCUGCUCUUGGUGGGAACAUAAUGACAGCAAGCCCAAUUUCUGACUUAAAUCCUGUGUUAAUGGCAAGUGGAAGCAAACUGACUCUCGUAUCAAAAGAGGGCAAAAGGACUAUCGUGAUGGAUGAGAAGUUUUUCACUGGCUACAGGAAGACAAUAGUUAAGCCUGAAGAAAUACUUCUCUCUGUUGAAAUACCAUACAGCAAGAAGGGUGAAUACUUCUCAGCUUUCAAGCAGGCUUCCCGUCGAGAGGAUGACAUUGCUAUUGUGACCUGUGGGAUGAGAGUUGUGUUCCAAGAGGGCACUAGCAGAGUGCAGGAGUUAAAGCUAAGCUAUGGAGGAAUGGCUCCUACAACUGUCCUGGCACUAAAAUCUUGCCAGGAGCUCACUGGCAGAGACUGGAAUGAGAAGCUGCUGCAGGAUGCCUGCCGCUUACUUGCAGGUGAGAUGGACCUGUCUCCCUCUGCGCCUGGUGGGAUGGUGGACUUCCGACGCACACUCACGCUCAGCUUCUUCUUCAAGUUCUACCUGACAGUCCUUCAGAAACUGAGCAAGAACCACAGUGGCACUAAAAAUCUGUGUGAACCCAUCCCUCCAAACUACGUCAGUGCUACCGAGCUGUUUCACAAAGAUCCCAUUGCAAAUGCCCAGCUCUUCCAAGAAGUGCCCAGGGGACAGGCAGUUGAAGAUAUGGUGGGUCGGCCUUUGGUGCAUGUUUCAGCAGCCAAACAAGCAAGUGGAGAAGCUGUUUACUGUGAUGACAUCCCUCACUAUGAGAAUGAGCUGUAUCUAACUCUGGUGACCAGCACCAAAGCCCACGCUAAGAUCCUUUCUAUAGAUGCUUCUGAAGCUCAGAGUGUUCCUGGAUUUGUGUGUUUUGUUUCCGCCAAGGAUGUUCCUGGCAGUAACAUUACUGGCAUCGCUAAUGAUGAGACUGUCUUUGCUAAGGAUGUGGUCACUUGUGUUGGUCAUAUCAUUGGGGCAGUCCUUGCAGACACACAAGAACAUUCCAGAAGAGCAGCUAAAGCUGUGAAGAUUAAGUAUGAAGAACUCAAACCUAUUGUCACUAUUCAGGAAGCUAUUGAGAAACAAUCCUUUCUUAAGCCUAUUAAGAGGAUUAAUAAGGGAGAUGUGAAGAAAGGAUUUGAGGAAUCUGAUCACAUUUUGGAAGGAGAGAUGUACCUUGGUGGUCAGGAGCAUUUCUAUCUGGAAACUCACUGUACUUUGGCUGUGCCAAAGGGAGAAGAUGGUGAGAUGGAACUCUUUGUGUCAACCCAAAAUCCAAUGAAGACACAGGAGUUUGCUGCUAAUGCACUGGGUGUCCCUUCAAAUAGAGUGGUGGUUCGAGUGAAAAGAAUGGGAGGAGGAUUUGGAGGAAAAGAGACUAGGAAUACUAUUUUGACAACUGUAGUGGCUGUUGCAGCCUUCAAAACUGGCCGUGCAGUGAGGUGCAUGCUGGAUCGAGAUGAGGACAUGCUGAUAAGUGGUGGGAGGCAUCCCUUCCUGGGAAGGUACAAGGUUGGUUUCAUGAAGAAUGGGAAAGUCAAGAGUCUGGAGGUGUCAUACUACAGUAAUGGGGGCAACUCUGUAGACCUCUCUCAUGGCGUUAUGGACAGAGCCCUGUUACAUUUGGACAACUCCUACAACAUCCCCAAUGUCAGCAGUGUGGGCAUUGUUUGCAAGACCAACUUGCCUUCCAACACAGCCUUCCGUGGCUUUGGAGGGCCCCAAGGAAUGAUGAUUGCUGAGUGCUGGAUGAGUGACCUUGCUCGGAAGUGUGACCUGCCACCUGAGGAGGUGCGGAAGCUCAACCUCUAUAAUGAAGGAGACCUGACUCAUUUUAACCAAAAGCUGGAGGGAUUUACUCUACGAAGAUGCUGGGAUGAAUGUUUGUCAAGCUCUAGCUAUCACUCUAGGAAGAAACUAAUCGAAGAAUUCAACAGGCAGAACCGCUGGAAGAAGAGAGGGAUGUGCAUCAUUCCUACCAAAUUUGGCAUCAGUUUCACUGUCCCAUUUCUGAACCAGGCUGGAGCUCUGGUCCAUGUGUAUACAGAUGGCUCUGUGUUACUUACACAUGGGGGGACUGAGAUGGGUCAAGGACUUCACACCAAAAUGAUUCAGGUUGCUAGCAGGUCACUGGGAAUCCCAACCUCCAAAAUUUACAUCAGUGAGACCAGCACAAACACUGUCCCAAACACCUCCCCGACAGCUGCAUCCGUCAGUGCAGACAUCAAUGGAAUGGCUGUCCAU